UUUGACAGAUGUUUGUCAAUACCACCUAACCAUACAAUAUUAACUUUAUUAUCAAUAAUCACUGCUUAUCAUUUAAUUCCUUUGUUAUAUACAUUAGAUAUUUAGUAACACUACUCCGAAAGUCAUAAUACUGUAAUAUUUAUGAGAUAUUUAGUACAAAUGGUCAUUUUGAGUGUUUAAACCAGUAUUUAUUCACUUGUCUAGCCGCAAAGAUUUGAAGUCAACUUUAUUGACUGCUAAUAAGUUUUGUCAGCAAUUCUAAUUGAAUUAGAACAUCCACGAUGGAAUCCCGAGGUGAUCGUGAGUCAGAACUCCAGCAGUUAGUAUCUUCAGAUGGUGAUAAUGAAGAUAGCAUUGUUCAGGAUGACACAGACAACACAGUGACUGAAAUUAAAGUCAUUUCACCAGUUAGAAGCAAUAAGAUUUCCUCAUCAGGCAAUACAAGUCACAGCUCUGCAUCCAAACAGCAUAGAAAUCAUCUGAAUAAAAAGAGCACAAACACAACAAAUUCAAGUAUUCUCUUUGUGAAUGAAAAGCAGAGAGCUGCUAAGGAGCCAACAAAAACCACAGCUACAGUUAGACCAAGAAAUAUUCACAAAGUAGUAGAUCCACCACACAAACCAGUGCAUCAUCACUCAUUUUUAUCCGAAGUUCCCGAUGUGCGUCACAUGGAACGCGCCCUGCUUGGACUCCUCGACGACUUCCAUUCAGGGAAACUGCGUGCGUUUGCCAGUGGCUGUACCAUGGAGCAAAUGACAAAUAUUCGCGAGCAGCAAGAGAAACUCGCCAAGCUACACUUUGAUUUGGGUACAACCAGCGCGCCGUCACUCGCCGAGGAUAAUCUCCGGCAGUCUUAUAAUACUAUGAGUCAUUUAAUUCAAAGAUUGGAGCAGUUGAGUGUCUCGAUUGAAGGAUUGCAGAAUAGUGACAAGUAAUCUAUUAAUUUAUAUAAAAAGUUAUGAAAAUAUGAAAAGAUUAUGAGUGGAUUUAAUAUGAAACGUUAGCGAGAUUUGCCUGGACGUGAUUCUUCCUUCUUGCCUGAAAAUUCAAUGCAAAUUUAAUUUAUUAUCUAAGAAUAUUAAUAAAACAAUAUAAAAUUA